UCCCAGCACACCUACCAAACACAUUUUCUCCCUCCUUUCGUGUGUACGCAUUAUUUUUGACGCUUUUGAAAUACUUUUACUUUACAUUACUUAAGAAUCUUCUUCUAAAUGUAGAUGUCGCCAUCUGACCGGAAGCUGCUACUCCAAAACGAUUUCCCUAGUUAUGUUUUUUUGGAGCCCUCAAACUUUCAUGCUAGCUGUAACAGUGUAACACACCUGCUCACAAAGUUUACAUUUACAGCAAAUAUUUCUACGAUGGUUCCUAAACAUGGACAUUUUUAACCAGCUGAAGUAAAGAAGACUUUAUUUGUGGAGCCAUGAUGGACCAAUCGGUUCUGGAUCGAAGUCUGGACCGUUUGCUGCUUGUGCUCCUCUCUGUGACGUGCGCUAAAGGCGUCUUCGUCGAACCCUUUAAAGCCGUCACCUUCCAGCGCUCCCUGGCCGAGAGUCCCACCAGGCUACCGUGUCGCUACCAGUGCCUGGUGGGCGAGCAGGUGGUGCAGGUCACAUGGUACAAGGAACAGCGGGACGGCACCAAGGACCAAAUCAUCACCGCCCACUUCAUGGACGGACACACAGAGUUUGGACGCUACUCGGGCCGCGUGAGGUUUGAGAGCGGCAGACCCACAGAGAACUCGGCGCUGCUCAUCCCCAACACGGAGGAGUCGGACGACGGCACAUACACUUGCCACAUCUCCACCUUCCCCAACGGGAACUUUGAGAGGCGCAUCACGCUCACUGUGUGGAUUCUACCCAUUUCCUCCCUGGAGCCGGUGGUCCUGACGGAGGGUCAGUCGUUCCGUGUCGCCGCCUCAUGUCGCGCCGUGGGCCGGCCGCUGCCCACCCUCUCCUGGGACACCGACCUGCCGGGCCUGUCGCAGAACCGCACCAACGAGGGCGGCUCCGUGUCCAGCUACUACUCCCUCCACCCUCUCCGUAGCAUGAAUGGGAAGCGGCUCGACUGCAUGGUGCGGCAUCCCGCCCUGGAGCGCCCACGCAGGAUCUCCAACAAGCUGGUGGUCCACUACCCCCCAGAUGCCGACAUCUCUGCCUCGACAGAUGACUGGUUUGCUGGGUUGGAAGAUGGGGAGCUUACCUGCGACGCCGGCGGCGGCUUCCCUGCGCCCCAAAACACCACCUGGACGUGGAGGGGUGGAGCUUUGCCAGAAGGUGUCUUGACGGUUGGAGAAAAACUGAUGUUCAGACGAGGCCUCCGCCUGAAUGACAGUGGCCUUUACAAGUGUGUGGUGACCAACACUGUGGGCGCGGCACAGGCCGAGUACUUGAUGACCGUAACGGAGAAAUCCCAUCGCAAGGAGACGUCCUCAUCUGACAGCCUGCUGCUGAUCAUCAUCGGCGCUUCGGCCGCUGUCGUCAUCCUGGUCCUGGUCGUCGUGGUGCUGCUAGUCCUACGCCAACAUCGGCAUCGCAGCAAGAAGCUGGAGAUGGAACUCAGCGAGAAAAUGGAGGAAAUCAACAAUUUGUCUAGACAAGCUUCCUUCAGGAGGCUCAACUCUGUCAGCUCUGACCCACGAGCGCAGGCUGACGACUACGCUCUGCUCAGGUCAGACAGCCGCAUGAAAAACAGCCAAAAUUCACUGGAGCGACCCAUAUACAAGGGAAGCCAAUCCACUCUGGGUGGGCGGUGGGCGCCCGUGGCGGGGUUGGAGGUCGAUGUGAUGGGGCGCCCCGUGGCCUGGCACGAGGGUGAAAACAACCCCAGGGGAGCCGGGACUGACGGCGAGAAGGAGGCGCACAGGAGGCGGACAGGGUCGUAUCUGAAGAGCAGCACCAUGUCACUGGUACUGGACUCUGGUCUUCCUUCGUCCCAGCUUCCCCUGAAAGACCAGCCAGACGACGCCGUCGGACCAAGAGAAGCGGACUCGGCCCUCAUCGGUGUGGUGGCUGUCCCCCCGCAGGUAGAAGACUGGAGCCACUCCCAGCUGACGCCGCCUGAGGAUCUUGACGAUGAGGAGGAUGGCGGGUCAUACCAUCUGUCCGAGGCACUCACCAAUCACUUCUACUACAGUAACGGCGUCCUCAGGCCCAGGCCACAUUCCAACGCCAUUCUGCUGCACCCUCAUGGUCAGGUGAUCUAGAUACCCCCCCCCCUUUUUUUUUGUACAAAAUAAACUGAGAGUCCACAAGAGAUCGUCACCUGUGCACAACACAAGAUGUCAUUGCUAAUGCUAAACAUUUGCGUGCGUCCUGAUUUUUUAAAUAUUUUUUUCCCGUUUCUACCAUGUCGUCAUAGCAACGACAGUAUGGUUUUGGAGUGUUAAGCUCAAACCCCAAUGUCAAAGUUCUCGAUGUGGACAAGCACCAUGGAGGCCAUUCUAGAUCCACGCAUACUGUGCGAAUAAUUUUAUAGAGGAACCUCAAAACCACUAAGAAAUUGACUUCUUUCUAUGGUUAUCAUUACACUUUUCCUCCUUUGACAUCACUGGUGGGCUCAGACACAAAAAUUCAAAGACAAAACAAAACACAUUGAGUUAAUCACUGAAGGUUGGGCGGUUCUACUGUGUCAUUUUAGUCAUCAUAAUACAAGUUCCAUAUGCAUUAUUACUGUGACAGCUGCAUAGCACUUUGAGAUGGCCCUCCUCACAGGGGUUGGGGGGUGCUGGAGCCUAUCCCAGCUGUCUUCGGGCGAUCACAGGGCACAUAUAGACAAACAACCAUUCACACUCACAUUCAUACCUAUGGACAAUUUGGAGUCGCUAAUUAACCUAGCAUGUUUUUGAAUGUGGGAGGAAACCGGAAUACUCGGAGAACAUGAAACCUCCACACAUAGAUGGCCGAGGUUGGACAUACUAUACAAAUUAAAUAAAUUAAAAUAGAUAUAAAAUGUAUCUUUAGACCAUAAGAUUAGACAUAUUUGAGAACUAGUCACAGCAGGGGUUACGGCGGAAGAAAGUUCUCUGUGCUCAGUAUUGGCCACACGUGUUGUGAAGACGGGGAUUUAGUCUUUAUUGCAGGCAAUAGGAGUUGAACCACGGCAAAACAUAAAUUCAACUGUCCUCCCAGCAUGCACCAUCACGGCUUCAGUUGCUACAGCAUCCAUUUGCAAAUUCAAGGAUCUACUUCUAUGAAAGUGACAGUCUUUGUCUUUCAUUUGCUUCUUGUUUUUAGUGGUUAAUGACUAUUUUUUGUCCAUGUGUUCUGUGGACAGUCUGAGUUCCGACACUAAAAUUCGACCGAAGGACCACCCGCUUCAUCGUUUAACACUCACUGGCUACUAGGUACACAAUCUAAGUAAAUCCAAUCCAAACAUUCUGCUGUUUACAAAGAUAAGGGAGUUUACUACUGUAUUUUUGGACUAUAAGUCGCACAAGGCCAAAAAUGCAUAAUUAGGUAGAAAAAAAACAUUUUUUUGCACUGGAGUAUAAGUCACGUUUUUUGAGGGUAAUUUAUUUUACUACUUGACCAAAACAGAUGUUACGUCCUCUUGGAAGGCAAGUUCUAACAUUAAUAAAAGAAUAGACAACAGAAAUGCAUAAUUAGGCAGAAAAAACCCAUACAUAAGUCACACUGGAGUAUAAGUCACAUUUUUUUGUGGGUAAUUUAAUUUAAAGGUCAGUCAGUCUGGAGUAUAAGUCGCACAAGGCCAGAAAUGCAUAAUUAGGUAGAAAAAAAGUAUGUAUAAGUAAGUAAGUCAGUAUAAGUCGCAUUUUUUGCGGGUAAUUUAUUUUACAAACUACUUGACCAAAACAGACAUUACGUCCUCUUGGAAGGCAAGUUGUAACAAUAAAAGAAUAGAGAACAGGCUGAAUAGGUGUAAGAUAUGCUAACACAAUGCUAAUUCAGCUACACCAAAAAUAAACAUGAACAGAAAAGGUGUCCAGUGUUUAUGUAACAUAAACACUUUUUUUCAUUUAUAAGUCGCUCUGGAGUAUAAGUCACAGGAACAGCCAACCUAUGAAAAAAAGUGCAACUUAUAGUCCGGAAAAUACGGUAAUUACAUGCACUGGUGACGUUUGACACUUUUUUACGGUUUACAUAAAAAAGAUUUCUUAGCUGUAAAUAGUCAAGCUGCAUUUGUAUUAUAUGUCGAUGUGAGAAGGUCAAAUAGUCGUACAGGGAACCUUACUACCUUGCGUUUUAUUGCACUCUUGAGGUGUUACUAAUACACAACAGGAGUCCAACUGUGUUCAUUCGGUGUGUGUUCUCAAAUCCCACACAGAAGUCAUUGUCCCCUCAGCUCCAUGUCCUGUCUGCCAUCAUCAGCGCUUGACUACUUUUCUAACUACCACGGUUUUUUACCAAGUUUUUUGUUUUAAUUGCGUACAGGUACAGCUGCAAAAUAAUCUGCCAAUUUAUCGAACUCAAGAAAUAACUUGCAGCAAAACACUUUCCCUUCCCCUCUUCCCUCGACGCUCAUCGUCGUCUUUGCCAACCAGUCUUCAAUA